AUGAGACGUGUCAGGGAUAUGGUGGUGGUUGUUGACAAGAUGACCUCACUGAGCGGUGACGGCCUGACGAUGACCACAGAGGGUCAGCCGGGGUUGAUGGAUGCAGACUGCUAUAGUCUUGUCGUCAUUUUCUCUUUCAUCUUCAACAUCAUCUUCUGUCCUCUAGGCAUCGUUUUCAACAUCAUCAACAUCGUCGUGUUCUGUACUCUUGGCUUUAAAGAGAGCACCAACAUUAUCCUGGUCAGUUUGGCUGUGGUGGACAUUUGUAUUUUGUCCACGUUUGUUGGCGUUUCAUUAAACUUGUAUGUAGGCGUGACUUCGGCUGUAACACUCGAUGUCCUUGACGCCGUUACACUACUAAUUCUGGGUUGGCCCAAUGUGGUGGCAACCCGAAUAUCAGGUUGUCUGACAACCUACCUGACCUUUGAAAGGUUUCUGUGUGUGGUCCUACCACUGAGGGUCAAGACAAUCUUACAGAAGAAAACGGCCUUGACAUUUAUCAUAGCGAUGUGUCUAUUCUCGAUGGCCUACUCGGUUCCCAUGUAUCUGGCCAACAGCAUCGGUCUGAGGUUCAACCCCAUGUCAAACCAAACCUCUGUUGGACUUAUCGUGGCGGACAACAGCGACAUCUUGGAGGGCGUGUCUAUCAGUGUAAAUGUUAUCAUCGAGUUGAUAACUUUUAUUCUGGUGAUAAUUUUUACAUUUGGGUUGAUUUCUGCUUAUUUCAGGACAACAAAAUGGCGACAGAAAGUAUCAGCUGUUUCUAAAAAUAGCCAGUUUUCUAGUCGUGACCAAAAGCUAGUGAAGAUGGUUCUAUUAAUAUCCGUUAUUUUCAUUGGCUGCACUCUACCGUCUGUUGUUGUCGAUGUCGUCGUCCUAGUGGUCAGUGAUUACAACUUAAAAGGGCGGGAGAAGUUUCUAUUUUUAGCCACAACUGCCAUAUCGUUCAACUUUAUUUCUCUCAACUCUGUCGUCAACAUCUUCAUCUACCUGAACAUGAGUUCUAAAUUUAGAAGAGUUUUCUGGGUCAAGUUGUAUUUUGGAAAUGUUAGCAAAAAUAACAAAGACAAACAGAAAAAAAUGGAGCAUAGAGGGUAG